AUGAGGAAAUAUCAUCUAUCCCCAUUGGUGUGGGCGACCACUGUGCAUCCGUCAGAGUUGACGGCUGUAAGCCAUCCUGCGCUGCCUUUGAGUGGUUGCUACUGUGUCAGCCGCAGGCACCGCUUGACAAUAGCAACCGUUCUUUCGAAUAUCCGAGGCAUGGCAGACGAGACAAGUGAUAUCACAUCAAAGCUGGUUUAUGCUCAACGCAGGCAGGAGGACGCAGUAGCGUGGGCAAUUAAGGAGAAGGAGCUAUUAGCCGCCAAAGCCAAGCGUCAGUUGGAGGAGGAAGCGUUGCAGCAGCGGGAGGAGCGCAAGCUGGAGGCAUACACAACGGAGUUGGAGCAAACUUCCGGCCCUGAGGUUGCCGCUGCUGCGCGGCAGCGCAUCCGUGAAGAGUCGGACACUAGUGUGCCAUAUACUCGUUCUGUUGACGCAUUUGGUGACAAAAGUGUAAAGUUACAGCAUUCCUUUUCGGGGCUAGCUGACAACCGCAUCAUUAUGUGGUGGGAGCUGCUCUACUGGAAUUACAUCCGCUUCUUUUUCACGCAGGAACGCCUCAUCGCGAAGGACCGAUUUGGUAAUAAGUUUACCGUCACAUGGCAGUUCCAAAAGGGGCGGGAGGAACAGCGUCGCAUGUAUCGCAAAGAUAGCAACAAGAAGCACCUCCCGUAUGGGACACUGGCCACAGACGAUAGGUUAUGGGAGCGGUGGAUGCGCGGUCACCGCGGAGACCCACCCAGUGUGGCAGAGGAGGAGCAUAGUCGCAGCUACAAGAAGUCGUACUUCGGUCCCAUGAUCUUAGAUGAUGAGGAGGUGGAAGACGCACUCAUGCGCAUAAUGGCCCACAUGAACCGCUCGCAACAAACCUUUCAGGAGCUUGAUGAUGAUCAGGUUUACGGGGAUGCCCACAGGGCCACGAAACCAUUGCGACAAACUGAGCACAACCCACAAACCGAGUACACUCAAAAGGCGAAGAGCGGUGCUACGUGGACCCUUGGCUUUGUUCGUGGGGAUCUUUUUUACAAUGAAGAGGAAGUUGAAGUGAUGCGGACUGAGUUGGGCCACGUUUUCCGUAACAUGGCGUGGCAAGAGCUUGAGUACAAACGUCAAGUGCGGAUGAAUAAGAAGCAGCACCCUGUACGCAAGCCCACGUCAGAUGAUCCAAAUGACCCAGAUGGUGAGCCAUUUGCUCACUACUGGGAGAGGACAGACCUGGGUAUUCCAUACCAUGAUGCCGUUCCGGACCUCACCACUCCGGAGCUGGAGCGGCUCCGAAUUGAGGCUGAUCAGUUAGAAGACGAGCGGCUGGCGAUUCGGAAGGAGUUGGGUUUGACGGACUUAGGUGACAUUAGGGAAGGUCGCAAUCCCAUUGACAAGGACGGCGCCCGGGAGCCAUUUCAGCCUCCACCCGUCUCAACGCGAUGGAGGCCCAAGUGCUGGGAGGAGGCGUGGGGAACGGGUGCGGGGAAUAAAUGGUAA